AUGCAACGCGGCGGCCUCCUUGCUUUGAACAUUGUGCUUCGUCAACGCGUUCAUCGUGCUAGAGUCGAUUUACAAACCUUAUCUUGUUUAACUGUUCGGCGUAGAUUACACAUAAUGGGACCCGCCGUUGUCGCAGAAUCCCCGAGAGGACCAUUUGACUAUCCCGCCGUCCGCCGGGAUGAAACUGUUGCCGAAGUUUUACACGGCAAGGAAAUCAAGGAUCCCUAUAGAUGGCUGGAGGACCCUGAUUCAGAGGAAACCAAGGCCUUUGUGGAGGCGCAGAACAAGCUUUUCUACAAUUUCGUUGAAAAGAAUCCUUAUCGUAAGAGCUUCAAGGAGAAGCUCACUAACUUAUGGAACUAUGAAAGAUUUGGAGCACCAUUCAAACGGGGCGACAAUUAUUAUUACUUCCACAACAGUGGCUUGCAAGCGCAGGCCGUGCUCUACAAGCUGGAAUCACUAGAUGGGACACCAAAGACCUUUCUGGAUCCAAACAAGCUCUCUGAAGACGGGACCGUCUCCCUGAACACGUACGGAUUCACAAAGUCUGGCAAGUACUUUGCCUACGGACUGUCGGCCAGCGGUAGUGACUGGGUCACAAUACACGUACGGGAAACUACUGAUGAUGCCUCCCUGAACUAUGAGUCUAAGCCGAUCGAAUGGGCCAAAUUUACAAGUAUCGAAUGGACACAUGACGAUAAGGGAUUCUUUUACAAUCGCUAUCCCAAGCCAGCGCAUACAACGAGCGACAAAGCCGGAACGGAGACGGACGCGAACAAGAAUGCCAUGCUGUUUUACCACAAAAUAGGAACUCCGCAGGAGGAGGAUGUCCUCGUCUACAAACCAGAUGACCCGGAUUUCAUCGUCCAUGCCGAAAUCUCUGACGAUGGAAAAUUCCUGAUCAUGAAUGUUUGCCGUAGCUGUGAUCCGGAAAAGAAGUUGUAUAUCCUUGACAUUGAGAAGACUUACGAAAAGAAUGGGAAGAGGGAAAUGACGACGAAUCCGGAGAUUGCCAAAGUCGUCGACGAGUUCAUUGCCGAGUUUGACUACGUGACGAACGAGGGAUCGGUCUUCUGGUUCCAGACCACCUUAGAUGCCCCCAAGCGUCGUAUCGUCAAGUACGACUUGGCUGAUCCUCAGAAGGGCUUUGUUGAGGUGAUCCCGGAAAGCGAAGAUGUCCUCUCCUUCAACCGGGUUGCAGACAAUGAUAAGCUGAUUCUUGCUUAUCUGCAUGAUGUGAAGCAUGUGGUCAGGCUUUAUUCUUUGAAAUCCGGGGAAGCACUGACCCCGAAAGAACUGCCAUUGCCAUUGGGGUCUAUAAUCGGGUCUUUGACGGGUCGGAAAGAAGAUAAGGAAAUUUUCUACUCGUUUUCAUCUUUCACGACACCUGGAAUGAUCUAUCGAUUCGACUUCCGCACCCUGAAGCAUUCUGUUUUCAAAGAAACACAAGUGAACGGUUUGCAGGCGGAUCUCCUGGAGACGAAGCAAAUCUUUUAUACGAGCAAAGACGGCACCAAGAUUCCUAUGUACAUUAUAAGCCGAAAGGACACACCACUGGACGGUAACAAUGUUACACUCCUAUACGGUUACGGAGGGUUUAAUGUCUCUAUCUUACCAUCAUUUUCGGUCACCUGGCUGACCUUUGUGCAGCACAUGAAGGGGGUGGUCGCAGUGGCAAACAUCAGGGGAGGAGGCGAGUACGGACAGGAGAAGUGGUAUGACCAAGGAAAGAGAGACAAGAAGCAAAAUGUCUUUGACGAUUUCCAAGCUGCUGCAAAGUGGCUCGUUGAAAACAAGUACACCAACCCUAAAAAGUUGGGUAUUAACGGUGGUUCUAAUGGAGGAUUGCUUGUGGGUGCUUGCUUAAACCAAGCUCCCGAAUUGUUUGGAUGUGGAAUUGCGGAUGUCGGUGUGCUUGAUAUGCUUCGAUUCCAUAAGUUUACCAUUGGACAUGCAUGGACCUCGGAUUACGGAGACCCAGACAAGAAAGAAGAUUUUGACGUACUACUCAAAUACUCGCCUCUCCACAAUGUACGGUCAGACAAACCGUACCCAGCAGUGCUAAUAACCACUGGUGAUCAUGAUGACAGAGUUGUGCCGCUGCACUCUCACAAGUUCUUAGCGACGCUUCAGCAUACUGCACGGAACAAUCCGCAACCUAUCAUGAUCCGGGUUGAGACAAAGGCUGGACACGGAGCUGGCAAGAGCACACAGCAACGGAUUGAGGAAGCUACCGACAAGUUCUCCUUCCUUGGUCUGACUCUGGGAGCAACCUGGACUGACUGAUUGAACGUGUUUGGCCUGAGGUCGAAUACUAAAAGGGGGACCCAGGUAAUUUAACUAGUCAAAUCUUUCUAAAGUAGAUGAGAGACUAGAUGGUCGGCGUGGCCAGUUGUUAUGCCAAAUAUAAACGUCUGGGAUUUGAUUGCGGUGGUUCAUCGUUACCAUGAGUUUGCAAAUGGAU